UCUCAAGCCGAUUGUAAAUAAAUGCCCAAGAAUCGGUGAUUUUUACAGAAGCAUUUUCGUAAGACUUACACAUUUAAUUCCGACUUUUCCGGCUUUAAAUUUUAGAUUUUUGCGCAUACUGAGUGGUUAAACGCCGCCAAAAUUUCUUACUAUUCGAAAUAUUAUAACGAAGAUAUUUCGGCUAUGGCAAAGCCUGUGCUGUAUUCGUACUGGAGAAGCUCGUGUUCAUGGAGAGUGCGUAUUGCACUCAACUUAAAGGAAAUACCCUACGAUAUUAAAGCUGUCAGCUUGAUAAAGGGUGGAGGGGAACAACAUUGCAAUGAAUACCGGGAGGUAAAUCCAAUGGAGCAAGUCCCAUCUUUGAUUAUUGAUGGCCAUACUUUUGUGGAAUCUCUUAGUAUAAUGCAUUAUUUAGAGGAAACAAGACCACAAAGACCACUUAUGCCCCAGGAUUGUGCAAAAAGAGCAAGAGUUCGUGAAAUAUGUGAGAUUAUCUCUUCAGGGAUACAACCACUUCAAAAUUUAAUUGUUCUCAUUUAUGUUGGAGAAGAAAAGAAAAAGGAAUGGGCUCAACACUGGAUUACUCGUGGUUUUAGAGCCGUUGAAAAACUUUUAGGGGCAUGCUCUGGAAAAUACUGUGUUGGUGAUGAAAUCACCUUGGCUGACUGCUGCUUGGUGCCGCAAGUUUUUAAUGCUAGAAGGUUUCACGUUGAUCUUCGACCAUUCCCAAUAAUAUUGCGCAUUGACCGCGAGCUCGAGAACCACCCGGCGUUCCGCGCUGCCCACCCGUCAGCGCAGCCGGACUGUCCACCCGAAGUUGCUAAAUGAACCCACAAAAGACCCAGACACUUCUGGGCCAAUCUUCCAAGUGAUAUGAUGUAAGAAUAUAAGUUGACUACACCCAUUCCAUUUUUAGUCAGUUGUACAGUUUUGAAACAGUAUUCAAAGUUUUGUUGAACAGGUUCCGUUUUUUUUUAUAGUACUGAUAGUACUUACCAUAAGUGU